AUGACAAGCAAUAUUAGUUCAAGCACAACAAGUCACACAUAUCGACUUCGACCCAUGCCAAUAAAUAAUAAUUCAAAUUCAAGUGGACAAUCAUCACUAAAUACACCUAUGAAUCAUAAUAGUACUAGCUCAUCAUAUUAUGGAUCUGCAGCACCUAUAGUUGCUUCUCCAACAUGGAGUUAUUCAUCGCCAAGUCAACUAGCACGAAAAUACGCUAAUAUAGCCCCAAUUUGGUGUCAUAUAACGAAGCCAAGACAAUUAAAAAAAAAGUUUGCAUCAACAUUUCAUCAAGCUCAAUCAUUAGUGAGUUUCUAUAAUGAAGAUCGAGCACCAAGCGAACGACGUGGUUCACUUAAUCAGACACAACAACAAAAUCAAACUCAAUCACAACAGCAACAGCAACAGCAAACACCAACUGUACAUAAUACAAGUUCAAAUCCACAAUAUCAUCAUAAUGAAUCAAAUAGCUAUCGUCAACAAUAUACUCCACAUUAUGUUUCUCAUGAUACAGCAGAACCGUCGACAAUAACUUCAUCAUCACGUGCAAAAAAGAAAUACACCGGUGGAGCUUUGACAAUGCAUAUAUCUUCAUCACGUUUACAAUCACCACCGGCACCACCCUUAUCAUCGAUAGCAGCUGAAGAAAAAUUUUCUAAUCCAAGCGAACGUAAAGCUCGUAUUGAUCAAUUAAAAGAUCUUGUUUUUAAUUCACGCGUCAAAGAUACCAUGAUUGGACGAACUGAUUCAAAAAAUCGUUCAACUACUAAUCUACAAAAAGCUAAUUCAUAUAAACGCAUUGAUCAAAUAACAAAUCCAAAUGAUGAUUAUCAAUCAGCAAUCGUUCCACCCACAACACCAAUACGUAAAGAUUCACAUUAUUAUCAUUAUCAUUUACCAACAAGUACAAUAUCAUCAACGAUGAAUGAAAAUCUAAAUCGACCUAUUGUACCACCUCCACCUUCAACAUCAUCAGCAGCCACACAUUCAACAUACAAUUAUGAUUAUUUACGUGCAAAAUCAAAAGAAUAUACACGACCAACGUACCAUGAACCGAAUUAUAUAACAAAUACAAUACAUACAACGGAAAUACCAUCAUCGACAUCGUCAUCACAAAUUGCAUCUAAUAGUUCGGCUUAUGUUGGUUCAACAAUAGCAAAUCCUUUGAAUGCAUAUCGUACCUUUGAUGAUCAUAGUUAUAUUGGUAAACCAACAACAGUGGCAGAUAAAAAUUCAUCAUAUACAGCAAUAACUUCAUUUCCCAGCUAUCAAACGCCUGGUUCGUCUAAACGACGUAUUAAAAAAUAUCUACUUGCUAAAGGUAGUUCGAGUGCCGGCCUUUCACAUAAAACAGAGCCUAUUAUUUCUAAUUUGGAAAAUUUAUCACUACUUGAAGAAGAUAAAACUACUAAUGGAGAUGAUGAUUCAAGUGUUAUUAUUGCUAAUACUCAUGCAAAAACACCACCACCUCCAGUACUUUCAGUUCCACUUAAUCAAAAAUCUGCAAAUUCAACUAUUAUUUCAUUACCUCAAGCAACUCCACCAAUUCCAACACUUAGUCCAGCAUCAUCACCACCACCUGUACCAACCAGUAGUACUAUUGUUGAAUCAGUUGUUUUUUCUACACCUAAUGGUCAAUUAUCACCUAGUCCACCGAACAAUUAUAUUAAUACUAAAAUUCCUCCUGUUAUUGUUGUACCUCUAUCUGCUUCAUUGACUUCACUUAACAAACAACAACAACAAUCAUUAUUAUCAACAACAAAUUCUCUUCUUGAUUUUGUUGCACCACCACACGGUGGAAAAGAACAAUCUCCAUCGCGAUCAAUCGUACCACUAAUAGCUGAGGAUGGUUCUUCAACAGCACCUCGUAAUAAUUUACAUACUAGUUCAUCAAUUGAACGUCAUCGUAGGCGACGGCACAAUCGACAUGACUCUUCAGAAAAUCGCCGUGGUGGAAAUGGCGGUGGUGGCGGUACAACUGCUCGUGCUGAAAGUAUCACAAGUACAUCAUCAGCAUCCAAACGACAUAAGAAAACGAACAAUGACACAAAUAAUCAUACAAAUAAUAAUUAUCGUCAUCAUCAUAAACGGUCAACCUCAACACCAAAUCAAAAGCAGCUAACAAACGGAGGUUAA